AUGCUCUUCCCUCGUCUAACUAAGGGACUCAAAGACGGUGAAUAUUACCACGUGACCCCACACUGGGGGAACUAUCGUGGGGUGGGCUUGGGCCCAAGAAAACUUAGGAGUGACAGAGCAGAUUCAUUCGCCAACAUCGACAACUUUUCAACUUACCAACUUUCAAAGAUCUUGAAGAUGGGACGCGGAGAUGUUCCAUGCCACGUCAUCGGCAAGGUCUUCGAUGAGAAUCAGCAGAUCAUGGAUCUUAUCGAAGAGCUCGCAGCAGAGAAACAGCAAAACAAGGUCCAGAUGCAACUCAUUCUUGACAGAAUUUACAGGAACAUCGCCCGGUACGGUGAUGCCUCUGAGGGCAAACGCAGUGUUGAAGCUUAUGUUUACGACGCAUGGCGAGGUCUCCUGAAUACUAUCAAAGCUAUCCUGAAAUUGCCUGGUACCGAUUUUGUAGGCGCCAGGUAUGAAGACGACACAGCGGAUGAGGAACUUGCGGAUCUUUAUGAGCUUUGUACAGAGGCCGAUGACGUCCUCCUCAGCGCUUUGCGCACGAUCUGGAUCCGUAGCGGGCAGACUGAAUCUUUUGACUGGGUAUUUACAGAGCACCGAAUCGACAGACCCAUCAGGUACUUUGAGGCCGAAAUCGCCGUGUUCCUGUCACUCGAAGGGUACAAGCGCCGUUUCGGAAGAAGACAAAAGGGACAACGGUUUUACUAUUCCGAACCAGCGGACAAUGAGAACUGGAAACUAUAUACAGGACCGAAACCACGAUGGGACUGCGAAGAAGGAACAGGCCUGGAUCCGGAUUGGCACUGGAAGCUUGAAGGAAAGGCCGAGCCCAUCAUGGGUGCCUUUGAGUACGACAUUCAACCGCUGGACGAGAGGAAUGACUUAAUCACUGACUGGGUUUACGUCUUCCGCCGUUCUUGGCAGUUUUGCUUUGACGCUCAGCAGAUCGCGGAAGCAAACCUUGGUAAACAACGACAAGAACUUCUGAACAAGAUUUUACUCCAUCACCACAUCCCGCGAGAGAUUCACAGGCAGAUUCUAUCAUAUCUCACGGACCGUGAGCCAUUCCCUUAUCUGAAGAACCUCGACAUUGGCGCAGCUUACACCCCUUUCCCCACCGUCGGCGAGAGAUGUCUGGACUGUGAGCAUCUUGAUGAAACCUCGGCCAUCAAGCGCACAUGCCCUCAAGCAGGUUUAUACAUCUGGAACCUUGCGUUACGGCGGUUUCAUAGCUUUCACAAGAAUAGCUUCAACCAGUGGUCUCUAUGCAGCCACGGUAGUGAUUGCAAGGGCCACCACGACUGCAACGAUCAUGGCUGGGCUGUCCGUAGAGAUCCAGAGUUCACUCUGUUUAUCGAGAAGGAAGCUUCUCGAGGCAAUGAUGAGUUCCUGUCUCUAGACCAAGUCGGACUUGGCCCCGUUCAACAUAUUCGUCUCGACAAAGAGGGAGACCGUGCCCGACACAAGCGACUUGAUAGUGGAAUGAUGAUCUACUUUGAACCCUUCCGAGACUGGGAGAUGGUGGGUGGUCUGAGUGGUUUGGUAGACAGCAUGCUCCACGGAAGAGUGCUGUGCAAAGCAUGGAAUGAAAAACACGAUGAUGAAGACGGCGACGAUGAGGACGACGACGAUGAAGACGACGACGAUGAGGACGACGAUGAUGAGGAAGGCGAUGAUGAAGGCCUUCACGAAGCUGGAACGUACAGUAAUCCGGCCAAAUGGGCUCUUGGCCGGAACCUGCUCGCUCAGAGAGUUGCGGAGAAGGCGAUCAAAGACCUCCAUUCGUGGCCGGGGCUAUCUUUUGCAAUUGGAGGCCAGGUAGUAUUCCUGCCACAACUUCCUCGUCAUACUGGAGGGGAUUGGAAAUUCUGUUUCUUCUUUGGGACAACCUGUUGGUUUGGACUUGCGGUUUGCGUUUGUUUGUCACUUAUCGGUAUAGUUGCCGGCAAAUAAGGGGCUUGGGAUGUUAUAAUACUGUAGGAUAAUUGAAAACAAUGAGUUGUUUCGUCUAGGAAUUGCACUACAACCGCAUCAAAAGACUUCCACUGAGAGAAAACUCGCUUCUACAGUUUUUUUUCGCCCUUUUUCUUCGCUACCUUUCAC